AUGGGUCCUCGUGUAUUCGGGACUGAAUGGGAAGACGAGGGGGGACUGGCAGCCGGCCCGGUGGUCUCUAUCUCAUGCGGCAUCUACGCGUGCCUGUAUGCACAUGGAACUAGGGCCCAGACCGUUGGCCGGAUCGCCUGGCCGCAUGCUUCCUGUCUGUCGUCUUCGUUGCAUGCAGUUCAAGGCCGUCGGACCGAGGAGGAGCCCAAGAAGUCCGAUUCUCAAGUUACGAAAUCGCGACUGCCCAGCCAGGCAGCAGAGCCCCGGGAUGCAUUCAAGCCUGCUGAAUGA